AUGGCCACUACAUCCUCUCAACAUCGAUGGACAUAUGAUGUCUUUGUAAGCUUUGGUGGUGAAGAUAUCCGUAAAAGCUUCAUGGAUCAUCUCUUCAAAGAUUUAAGACAAAAAGGAAUUCAUGCUUUUAGGGAUGAUAACRAGUUGCCCCGAGGAGAAGAAAUAUCUCAUCAACUCUACAAAGCCAUUGAAGAAUCGAGGUUUUUGAUAGUUAUCUUCUCUAAAAACUAUGCAUCUUCAUCAUGGUGUUUGAAGGAACUUGUGAAAAUCCUCGAAUGCAAGGAGAUUGGGAAGCAUGAAUACCAUGUUUGGAUAAUCUUUUAUGAUGUCAAGACAGUUGUGGUACGAAAUCAAACAGAGAGCUAUGCCGAAGCUUUUAUCAAACAUGAAUUAGCAAAUAGAACAGAGGUGGCUGAAUGGAAGGAAGCUUUAUUCAUGGCAUCCAACUUUUCUGGAUGCGAUCUCCAGGACAUGACAAAUGGGUAUGAAUCUAAGCUCAUUGAUAACAUCUCCAAAGAAAUACUUGAAAAACUAUGUGUUGGACCCUUGCAUGUUGGUGAGAACCUAGUAGGGGUGGAUGCUCGUAUGAAGAAAAUGAACUUGUUGCGCUUUGUUCACUCAAAUAAGGUUCACAUGAUUGGAAUAUGUGGUAUUGGUGGAAUAGGAAAGACAACGUUCGCCAAAGCCAUUUAUAACCUCUUGUAUAUCCAUUUUGAGGAAUGUAGAUUUUUGGAUGAUGUACAAGGAGCCACAGAACGACAUGGACUAACUCAUGUUGUAAUGCAACUUAUUAAUGACAUUAGGAAAACAACAGAUGUGAGGAUAUCCAACAUUGGUCAAGGAAUUAUGGUAAUGAUAAAGAGGAUGGCAGGUAGACGGAUCCUACUUGUUCUAGAUGAUGUUGAUCAUCAUGAUCAAUUAGAAGCACUAGCAG